GUGUAGGUGACUGUUCUGUUCUCGGGACCGUAGUUGGUGAAACAGCAUUGCGGCCAUGGCAGAACCGCAGCCUGCAUCCAGCGGCCUCACCGACGAGGCUGCCCUCGGUUGCUGCUCUGACCCGGAUCCCAGCACCAAGGAUUUUCUGUUGCAGCAGACCAUGCUACGAAUUAAGGAUCCUAAGAAGUCAUUGGAUUUUUAUACUAGAAUUCUUGGAAUGACGCUACUCCAAAAAUUAGAUUUUCCCACUAUGAAAUUCUCACUCUAUUUCUUGGCUUAUGAGGAAAAGAAUGACAUCCCAAAAGAUAAAGAUGAAAAAAUAGCAUGGGUAUUCUCCAGGAAAGCUACACUUGAACUGACACACAAUUGGGGUACAGAAGAUGAUGAGACCCAGAGUUACCACAGUGGCAACUCAGACCCUCGAGGAUUCGGUCACAUUGGAAUUGCUGUUCCUGACGUACAUGGUGCUUGUAAAAGAUUUGAAGAACUGGGAGUCAAAUUUGUGAAGAGACCUGACGAUGGUAAAAUGAAAGGCCUGGCAUUUAUUCAAGAUCCCGAUGGCUACUGGAUUGAAAUUUUGAAUCCUAACAAAAUGACAACUAUUAUUUAGUUCUGUGAGAAUACUGCUUUGUGAUUUCAGUGAAGACCUUGUGGGAGGUAAAAAAGGAAAUGGUGUAAUUCAAGAUAGACAACAGAAACAUCUAGGACUGAAGAAUCAUUGUCCCAAUUCAGAUUAUUCUGAAGUCCAUUCCUCUUUUCUAUUUCAGCCUGUUUUUCACCUAAUAAUUCAGUCAUUGUGGUUUUAAAGUAGUGCUUUGUCUUAUGUCCUUGAAUGUAGUUAAAUAACUUUACUUUUUUAUGUAAUAAUUAGAACAGUUCCCUUCAGAGGCUGCAUUUGCCUUCUUUCUCCUAUAUAUGAUUUCUCAACAAGUCUGCCUUUGAAUCAUCAUUCUCCAAAAAAAAAAAAAAAUUAACAAGUUUUUGUUGUGUUUACCUUCUGGGGUUUCAGUUCCUCAGAAAUACCUUUUCACAACGAAAAGUAAAGAACACUGAACAAAAAUGAAACUUCAUGUAUACUUCAAGUAGUAUAAAGUGUUUAUUUCACAAAAGAGAAGGUAGUCUUGGGAGCAAGUCAGAAUCAGACUGACAAGGAUGAUGAUAGAAAAGCUAAUUUCUUCUUACUUACAAAGUACUUUCUAAGCUCAAGGACUAACCUCUUUAUUUGGGGAUGGGGCGGUAGAUGGGAAGAAUAUUUACUGGUGUGCAGAGACUGGGCUAGGCUGUCACUGUAUCUCAUUGAAUCCUCCCAGCUAUCCUCUAUCCUGUGAGAAAGAAGGCAGGCUAGACAUGGAAAAUAACUUUAAUGAAUUAAGGCAGUAUUAUAAAUGGGCUCAAGUACUUGAGACCUGAUUCUCAUUUUUAGUAUUAAGAUUGUACUUCAAAAAUUAGUACCUCACAAGACCUCCUCCACUCACCUCUGCUGUGAAAACCGUCAUUGAGUUUGAAUGUUGUCCUCUCAGCAUUGGGGCCUGAGCACCAGGAUGAGGGAAGGAGCGGCAGAGGAAGUCUGUAGUACACGGCGGUUCUGGGGACACCUGCUUAUCCCUGGGCAAGCCAUGCCUGUGUUACUUCAUUACUCGAAGAGCCCCUACCCCAAGGUCUUUCUGAUGUCAGUAAUCAUUUAGGAUAAAUGAUGUUCAGCAAAACCAUUACUUAGUUAUCAGGAAUCAGCUCAGUGGUCUUCCUUGCCAUGAUUGAUAUUUGAUGGGUUUUAAAAAAUCAAACCGAUUUUGACAAUCUCAUGGCCCAGGGAAACAAAAACAUCUGGUUAGUGGUUUACCUAACAUUUAGAUUUUCUGUAGACUCUAGCAGAAGACCUUUGGAUAGGCUGUGCUGACUGCUGUUUCCACUGCUAGAAGCACUUGACAUUUCCUUUUUGGGUGGAAUGGAUUAUGUGAGCAAUUCAAACAAAGAGCAGUACUUACAGACUGAAAGAAAAUAAAAUUUCAGAUAAGACUGUGUUUAA